UGAUACAAAGAAUCAUUAGAGUCGUGCCUGGUAUGGACUUCUUGUCCGGGACGUAUAUAUUUGCAGUCUUGUUAGCAUGCGUCGUGUUUCAGUCUGGCGCCCAAGAGAAGAACUAUACAGUCCGAGAAGAAAUGCCAGAAAACGUCCUAAUAGGUGACUUGUUGAAAGACCUCAACUUGUCACUCAUUCCCGACAAGUCCUUAACAUCUCCUAUGCAGUUCAAGCUAGUGUACAAGACUGGGGAUGUGCCACUGAUUCGGAUUGAAGAGAGUACUGGUGAGAUCUUCACUACUGGCGCUCGCAUUGAUCGCGAAAAAUUAUGCGCUGGUAUCUUGAUAGAUUCCAGAUGCUUUUACGAAGUGGAAGUUGCUGUUUUGCCAGAUGAAAUAUUUAAACUGGUUAAGAUUCGUUUUCUGAUAGAAGACAUAAAUGAUAAUGCACCGUUAUUCCCGGCAACAGUCAUCAACAUAUCAAUUCCAGAGAACUCUGCUAUAAACUCUCGGUAUCCUCUCCCUGUGGCCAUUGAUCCUGACAUAGGAAUAAAUGGAGUUCAAAACUACCAACUGAUUAAGAGCCAAAAUAGUUUUGGACUUGAUGUCACUGAAACAUCAGAGGGAGAUAAGAUGCCUCAAUUAAUAGUACAAAAGGAGUUAGAUAGGGAAGAGAAGGAUACCUAUGUGAUGAAAGUAAAGGUUGAAGAUGGUGGCUUUCCUCAAAGAUCUAGUACUGCUAUUUUGCAAGUAAGUGUUUCUGAUACAAAUGACAAUCAUCCAGUCUUUAAGGAGCAGGAAAUUGAAGUUAGUAUACCAGAAAAUGCUCCUGUAGGUACUUCAGUGACACAGCUCCAUGCCACAGAUGCUGACAUUGGUGAAAAUGCCAAGAUUCACUUCUACUUCAGCAAUCUAAUCUCAAAUAUGGCCAAGAGACUAUUUCACCUUAACACUACCACUGGACUUAUCACAAUCAAAGAACCACUGGAUAGAGAAGAAGCACCGAGCCAUAAAUUACUUGUUUUGGCAAGUGAUGGUGGAUCAAUGCCUGCAAAAGCAACGGUGCUGGUAAAUAUUACAGAUGUUAAUGAUAAUGUCCCAUCAAUUGACAUUAGAUACAUCAUCAAUCCAACCAAUGGCACUGUCGUUCUUUCAGAAAACGCUCCACUCAACACCAAAAUUGCUCUAAUAACUGUGACCGAUAAGGAUGCUGAGCACAAUGGUAGGGUGACAUGCUUCACAGAUCAUGAAGUUCCUUUCAGAUUAAGGCCAGUAUUCAGUAAUCAGUUCCUCCUGGAGACUGCUGCAUAUCUUGACUAUGAGUCUACAAGAGAAUAUGCCAUUAAAUUACUGGCUGCUGAUGCUGGCAAACCCCCUUUGAAUCAGUCAUCCAUGCUCCUCAUCAAAGUGAAAGAUGAAAAUGACAAUGCUCCCAUUUUCACUCAGCCUUUUAUAAGUCUUUCUGUUCCUGAGAAUAACUCCCCUGGCACCCAAUUGACAAAAAUAAGUGCAACAGAUACAGAUAGUGGGCAUAAUGCUGAGAUCAGUUACCUUCUGGGUAUGGAUGCUCCAUCUGAAUUCAACUUGGAUCGUCGUACAGGCAUCUUAACUGUGGUGAAGAAACUAGAUAGAGAAAAACAGGAAAAAUAUUAUUUCACUGUUCUGGCAAAAGAUAAUGGGAUGCCACCCUUAAUGACCAAUGCCACAGUUUUUGUGACUGUUCUUGAUCAGAAUGAUAACAGCCCAAUUUUCACUCACAAUGAGUACAACUUCUAUGUCCCAGAAAACCUUCCAAGGCAUGGCACAGUAGGACUAAUUACUGUGACUGAUCCUGAUUAUGGAGAGAAUUCUGCAGUUACCCUCUCCAUUUCAGAUGUGAGUGAUGAGUUCACCAUUGAUCCACAGACAGGUGUCAUCAGGCCAAAUAUUUCAUUUGAUAGAGAAAAACAAGAAUCAUACACUUUCUAUGUAAAGGCUGAGGAUGGUGGUAGGGUAUCACAUUCUUCAACUGCUAAAGUGACCAUAAAUGUGGUUGAUGUCAAUGACAACAAACCAGGUUUUGUUGUCCCUCCUUCUAACCACUCCUAUGAAUUGGUUCUUCCAUCCACUAAUCCGGGAACAGUCGUCUUCAAGGUAGUUGCCAUUGACAAUGACACUGGCAUGAAUUCAGAGCUUCGUUACAGUAUUGUAGGAGGAAACACAAAAGGACUCUUUGUAAUUGACCAAACAACAGGCAAUAUCACACUGAAAGAGAGAUGUGUUGUUGCAGACCUCGGUUUACACAGACUAGUAGUUAAAGUUAAGGACUUAGGACAACCUGAUUCUCUCUUCAGUGUUGUAAUUGUCAAUCUGUUUGUGAAUGAGUCAGUUUCUAAUGUGACACAGAUUCAUGAAUUGGUCCACAAAAGCAUUGAAACACCAGUGACCCAGAAUAUUGAAACAGCUGAUGCAUCCCUAACAACAAGUGACUAUGUUAAAAUCAUGGUUGCCAUUAUUGCUGGAACCAUAACUGUCAUCCUAAUAAUUUUCCUCACUGCUGUAGUAAGAUGUUGCCAAUCACCACAGCUUAAAUCUGCUCAGAAAAACAAGCAGAAUUCUGAAUGGGUUACUCCAAACCCAGAAAAUAGGCAGAUGAGAGUGAUGAAGAAAAAGAAGAGGAAAAUGAAGACGCAUGCCCCCCAAAACUUGUUGCUUAACUUUGUCACUAUUGAAAAAACAAAGACAGAUGAUGCUAAUAAUGGUGGAAAUGGUGUCACACUAGACCUUCCCAUUGAGCUGGAAGAAAAACACAUGGGCAAAUACAACUGGGGCACUACGCCAACUACCUUCAAGCCUGAUAGUCCUGAUUUGGCCCAGCACUACAAAUCUGCCUCUCCACAGCCAGCCUUUCAGAUCCAACCUGAAACUCCCCUGAAUUCGAAACACCACAUCAUCCAAGAACUGCCCCUAGAUAAUACCUUCAUGGCCUGCGAUUCCAUCUCCAAGUGUUCCUCCAGCAGUUCUGAUCCCUACAGUGUUUCUGAGUGCAGCUAUCCAGGGGCAACAUUCAAGACCCCUGUGUCUGUACACACCAGACUGACUGAUUCCAGGACAUCAACUAUUGAAAUCUGCAGUGAGAUAUAACUUUCUAGCAAUAGCAAAUUCCAUACCUUUACCAAAAUAUUUCAAUGAAUUGUGAUUUCAAAAUUUGGCUAAGAUCAUUAAUUUUAUAAUCUGGAUUUCCCAUUAUAAAAACAA